CUGACCCCCCACGAAAUCCCCACGCAUUAACGUUUUUACAACUCAAAUCUACGCAAAAUCACACGUAUAUAUUCUUUCUUCCUUGUAGCAAGGACCCUAUCUACCCAUAACCUCUAAAUUCAUCUUCUUCUAGACCUUUUCCUUCACAUAUAGAUAUAUUUAUAUAUAUCCUCUACCAAUAUUAAAUAUACAUAAGGCUGACCCCAACACAUCCACUAACGUGCCCUAAAUAAACCAAACUCACCCACCGUUAGCAUUACAUUUUGACCCUAAUUCUUCUAUACUAGUGAACCCACUUGACCCUAUAUUGUCACAAUCUAUCCCUACAAACACAUGUGAAAAAUAUCCAUCUCCAAAAGAUCUUCCUCCUCGGCAUUCUACUUAAACCCACCACCAUGGCCACGACUUCUUCUAACUCCAAAAGGCAUCCAAUGUAUCAUGGAAUCCGGAGCCGCGGUGGUAAAUGGGUUUCUGAAAUCCGGGAGCCACGCAAAACCACUCGUAUAUGGCUUGGCACAUUCCCAAAGCCGGAGAUGGCGGCGGCCGCAUAUGAUGUUGCAGCCCUGGCCCUAAAAGGUAAUGGUGCAGUUCUGAACUUCCCAAGUUCUGCUGGGACUUAUCCUGUGCCUGCUACGGCAUCAUCCACUGAUAUUCGUAAAGCGGCAGCAGCUGCUGCUGCUGUAAAAAAGGCUGAACUGAGCUACAAUGAAGCGUUAGUUGAUCAACCCGGCAAUGACCAUAAUGCCAUUGGUGCUUAUUUAGCAUCAAGUGGAGAAGAAUUUGUUGAUGAGGAGGCACUGUUUGAUAUGCCAAAUUUGCUGGUGGACAUGGCAGGAGGAAUGCUGCUUUCGCCACCAAGAAUAACCUCGCCACCGUCUGAUGAUUCACAGGGAAAUUCUGAUGGAGAAAGUCUGUGGAGCUAUUUUUAAUAUUGCUCCUUACUAUUGAUCGUUACAACUUCACGAAUACUAUUGAUCUUUACAACUUCAUGAAUGGCUUAACAGCAUAAAGAAAGAAGCAAAAGGAUAUGCAUGGAAGUCACUACUGUGACCUUUUUUUUUUUGGGACUAUUUUGCCUGUCCUGAUGUAAGAAAUGAGCAAUAACAAAAUGAUGGAGGUUAGGAUGUGAAACAAAAACAGGAUAAAAAAGAUAAAUCAAAGAGUACUGAACCAGCGAUCACGUACGUAGUGAGUUUUUGAGUUUGAGACGGAGAACAGCAAGUUAGGGUUGCAUUUCUUUCCAUGUGAGUGCAUUGUACAAUAGUCUAGCUAGCUUGUAAUUAAUAUAUUCACUAAUUUUCUUGUCUCUUCUUUU